AUGACACCCGCCCGCAAUAGCAAUGUCCAGUUGCUAGCAGUACUUGUCGAUUGGGAUGACGAGGAAGAGGGGGAAUACCGCUUCCUGGUCGACGGCAAGGACACAAAAUAUGUUACCGUCGACCUUGGUGUAUUACCAAAAGACAAUCGGACCUUUGGCCCGGUAUUAAUUCCGCUACUACCACCAUUUCCUCCUGGUGAUUGGAACGAGGGCCACGUCUCCAAGGAUCCUCUGAGUGGGCAGCCAGUCUUCUCCCGUUACACGCGCAGCGACUUGCCUGAAAUUUCAAAUACCUGGCACCACAUGCGCAUCGAUCAUCUAGAGUUCAAGCAGCUCUGUCAACUACGACAGAACAUUCACGUGGUUACGCAUUCGCUUUUUGGCCAACCCCUGGUUGUCAAGUUUGCCGAGUUUCCUUGGCAAAUGCCCUACUUCGAGGCCGAAACAACAGCGUAUGAAUGGCUUGAUAGCCAUGGAAUCGGUCCAAAAUUCAUCGCUCAUUUGACCGAGGCUGGGAGGGUCUUUGGCUUCGUUACGGAGUACAUUGACGGCGCAAGAUUCGCUGACAUCGGAGACCUGGCGGCCUGCCAAGAAAUCCUCUCUCGGCUACACUCUCUAGGUAUCAAGCAUGGCGACAUUAAUAAGUAUAAUAUUCUUAUCCGAGAAGGAAAAGCUAUGCUAGUUGAUUUCGAGGUCUCGCAGAGGUGCAAUGAGAAGCAAGAGCUCGAAGCAGAGUAUGAGCAACUCGAGGCUUCACUGAGCGACACUUCACAGAGAGGCGUCCCGUAUAUGGAUAUGGGGGACGUUCAACAAGCACUUCAGCAGUAA